CACCUCCAGGAAAUCCCGUCCUCCAGCAGCAAUGUUUGCACCAGCUUCACGUGGGACUGGGACUCCAGCAAGACGUCGGAGCUGCUCUCGGGCAUGGGGGUGUCCAUGCUCAAGAAGGACAAGCUGGGCAACGAGAACACACCACAGGAGCUGCUGCUCUCGCCCUGCCCUCCGCACAAGCGCCAGAAGGUCAAGGAGAAGGAGAGAGACUUUGUGAUCGUGCGCCGGCCCCGGCUGCUUCGCGAGGCAGAGCCAGGUGUUUCUUGGGAUGCGCUUCCAGAUGAGUUGCUAUUGGCAAUCUUUGCAUAUUUGCCCCUAAAUGACCUGCUAAAAGUUUCCCUGAUUUGCAAGAGAUGGCGUCGUCUCUCGUUUGAUGAAUCUCUCUGGCAGACUCUGGAUCUGACUGGCAGGAAUCUGCUGCCAGGAGUCAUCGGUCACUUGCUGCCUGCGGGUGUUACUGUUUUCCGCUGCCCGAGAUCCUGUAUUGGGAAUCCACUGUUUAAAACCAGCAAACCACUCAGAAUUCAACAUAUGGAUUUGUCAAACUGCACAGUGACUAUUGCAGAUCUGCAGAGUAUCCUCUGUCGAUGUGAGAGGCUGCAGAACCUGAGCCUGGAAGGGCUAGUUCUUUCUGAUGACAUCAUCAAGAGCAUUGCUCAGAAUCCCAGUCUGAUACGACUAAAUCUCUGUGGGUGCUCAGGGUUCUCUGCAGAAGCCCUGGAGUUGAUGUUGAGCAGCUGUACUGAAUUGAAGGAGCUGAACUUGUCCUGGUGCAACUUCACAGCUGCCUACGUCAAAGCAGCAGUCACUCAU